AUGCUCCCGGGCGCGCUGCCGCCCGUGGCCGCGCCGCCGCCGCCGGCCGCCGCGGCCGCCGCGGCGGCCGACGGGGACAAGCGGCCGCGGGCCUACGACGACGACGACGACGACGAGGAUGCGGGUAGCAAGAAGCCGAAGCGCGUCGAGGGCGCGGCGACGCCGGGCGAGGUCGACCGGGCGGUGACGUUCAAGGGCGCGACCAUCGCGUGGGCCAUCCUGAAGCGGAAGAAGGUCAUCGAGAACCGGCCGUACCGGCUGCCCUGCGGCGGCUGGAUCGCGAUCCACGUGGGCAAGGGCGCCUUCGAGGGGGACUACCGGGGCCUCGUCACGGACUGCCGCCUGCCGACGGAGGUAGAGCUCAUGCGCUCGUGGCAGGCGACGAUCGUCGGCGCGUUCCGCGUGCGCGAGUGCCGGCGGCCGCAGAACUGCGGCGGGUCCUUCUGGGCCCAGGGCCCGGUCUGCAACGUCGUCGACGCCGUCAUCGAGCUCAAGGAGCCCGUGUCCGCGCCCAAGGGCAAGCUGAGCCUCUGGCUCAUGGACGACGACGUCCGCGACGCCGUCGCCGCGGGCCUCAAAGACGCGCCGAUCCUCACCAACGACCUCGGCGCGCUCCCGCCCUACGAGCCCAUCGUCGGGCCCAUCACGCCGGGCCGCAACAAGCGCCGCGAGAUGGUCAAUGUCGAGCACGUCUUCCCGCGCGGCGGCUACGGCUUCGACGACAGCUUCGGCGGCGCGCGCUACGCCGACGGCGCGUACCCGGGCGGCUACGUCGACUACCGCGACGCGCUGCCACCGCCCUACUACGCGCCCCGGGCCUACUACGGCCCGCCCCGGCCGCCCCACGCCCCGCCCUACGGCGGGGCCCCCGGGGGCGCGCCGCUGCCCCGGGACCUCGCCGCGGGCUACGCGGCUCCCGGCGGCGUCGUCGACGCGCCGCCGCCGCGCCCCGGCCACCCACCGCCCUUCGACGCCUACGAUCCCUACCGCUUGGCGCGGGCAACCUGGCCCGGCUACGACCCGCGCGGCGCCUACGACCGCGGCGCCGCGCCCGGCGGCCACGUGCCGCGCGGGCCCCUCGAGGCGUCGCGCCAGUGGCUCUACCGCGCGCGCCGCGACGCGCCGCCGCUCUACGACGCGCCGCCGCUCUACGACGCGCCGCCGCUCUACGACGCGCCGCCCUACCCGCCGCCGCCCUACCGGCCGCCGCCGCGCUACGAUCCGGGCCCGCCGCCGCCCUAG